AAGAGUUGUUGUACUGACGUCAAUAUGCCAAUCGCAUGUAGGAAUGGCAGUGCAGAUAAUACAUGCCGCUCGGUGUUGAUAAUCGGAUGGAUUUACUGAAUUCAAUUGAUUUGACUGUUUUAAUUCUACAUGAUUCUUGCAUGUUGACAAUGUGACGUUCUGGGGGAAUUCACUUUCCCAUAUUAUUACAGCGUAUGAUAACGGGAUGCUCAUUUAGUCUCUGAUAGGAUAAGCCACCAUGACUGCACCAAGGGGAGAGAGUGAGGGCAGAUACCUGAAGGUCAAAGUUCUAGACUUUCUUGAUCGUCGUCUGGCCGGUGGUUUGAUAUCGUGGAGGCAGUUAGCUGGACAGUUAGACUUCACUUCUACUGAUGUUGAUAAAUUGGAGUCAGAUGGGUCAAAAAUAUACCAAUCAUCCACUAAAUGUCUCUUGCGUCAAUGGGAGUAUCGAGAAGGUGGAUGUAACGUGGAGCUGCUCAAGGAGAGCUUGUUUAAAAUUGGUCGAUUGGAUAUUCUUCGGGACCUCCGCGAUGGCUAUGAAAAUCAAGGUAUAGAACUGGUUGAACCCAGAUCCAGUUCCACAAACAGUGAGCAAAUACCACAGGAUGACCAAAACAAGAGAUUCGCUGGUAUAGAACUGGUUGAAUCUAGGUCCGGUCCCACAACCAUUAGGCAAAUACCUGUACCACUUGAUGAUGGAAAAUUAUUCCUUGACGGAAAAGUGUACUAUGUACGAGAAUAUCAGCUGCAAGAGAAGAGAAAAUCAGAUCCGGAACCGAUAAUAGGAGAGAAUUUAUCAACUUCAGGCAAUCAAAGCUGGGGUAGCGGCUCCGUGGACAGAAUUCCGGGACCGUCGAACAGUCCGAAGAAUUUAAUAAAGUCAACAAGCUCGCAAUUACCGGUAUCAGAGGAACCUUACCAAACUCUCCGCACCAAAACCUCGCCGAUUCUUCAGGAUAUGCCGAGAGAAGUAGAGUCGUAUCCAACUCGUGGGAACUUUGGGCCGUUACGUUCAGUGACUCCUAGCGUUCGUGAUGCAUCAGAACACAGAGGGGUAUGCCCUGGAAAGCAGUAUUUAGUGGUUUCAUCUGAUAAUGAACAAGACAGACAGUGGUCCAAGAAGUUGUGUAAAAUUCUGAAUAAGAAGGGACAUCAAGCAUCCUGGCUUCAUGAUGUGCAUCCCGGGAGCUAUCGUAGGCUCUUUUAUCAGGUUAAUUAUGUGUUGGUGAUUUACACCGAGAAGUACAAGAAGGAUUUUCAAACAAAUGGAACUAGAAACCAGAUACUCUUUCAGGAGAUGCAGAUGGAAUACCAAUCCAACAGCAGAGUCAAUCAUCGAUUCAUCCCAGUGUACGAUGUCAGCGUGAUUCGUCUGUUACCUGAUGCUCUGCUCAAUGGCAACGCGGCUGAGCGGAACUACAUCCUGGACCUUCUGAGUAGCAAGCAUCCUCGUGGGGGCAUGCAUUCCUCUGCGCCAUCCCGGGGGACACGGACCGAGGCUGUCAUUGUUCGAGAGUACCACUCUCCGCAAACUCACGCCAAGCGCAACAACUCAGAGAAGAAAGGAUUUUUUGGGAAAAAGAAAUGAAAGUAUCCGGAGGAAGGUUAAACAAACAAACAAGGAACUAUUAUUCAAACCAGAUCAGAGCUUGACCAGGGGGGCAUUUCACAAAACUUGUCAUCAGUGACACAUGACAGUUUUUGUCAUAAGCUACUGAAAUCCUUGCUUCUGAUUGGUUAUCAGCAGAUUUGUCACUGAAUUUGUCGUUUGUCAUUGAAAAAAGGCUUUGUGAUACGCCCCCUUGUUAUCAACUAUAUUUUGUCAUUCCCCAAGGCUCAGUACUGGGACCACCCUAUUCUAAUAGGCAAUGAGUUAAUGUCCAUUUUUUCAUG